AAAUUAAAAUGAAAAUAGAGAAACUCCAAAACAUAAAUAACAAUAGUAGGAUAUACUAAAAAAAAAAAAAUCAAUAGAAAAUAAAUAUUUUGUCUAACUCUUUACUAAAUCGUAAUUUCCAAGAAGCAUGACGCGACGUUAUUCAAGUUUCAUAAAUAUUACGAGGUACAUAACCGCCCCGCUUCAGUUCACACGCAUAAUAUAGUCAGUCGCUCUGAGCAAUACACCUGGUUUUACUUUCCACCCGCAGCUCAGGUACUAAAUGCCUUAGAAUGAUUGUACACUGCGAGCCUAGGGAGAUUUUCCUCCCUAGCCAUGUAAGCAUCAGUGAUGUCAGCAGUUGUUUGUUGGACAAAAAUAGUACAGAGAAAACCAUUGUGGAAACAUGUCAAGCAGCAAUUGUGAGUCUGUCUCAGUUGGAACAAGAUGAACCCUAUUUCUCUGUUAAAAUUAUUUUACAGGCUUUAUUGAAUUUAUUCAAAGAGCAAUUGAAGACAAAUGAUCUGGUAAUAAAGCAGCACCUGCAGAACUGUGUGAUUGAGAACAUUUGUGUUUUAAUGACAUCAAGGAUCAAAGAUUAUCAACUACAACAGAUGAAUUUUCUGAUUCUGGAAAGAUGUCUUUGGUGGAAUGUAUCUAAAGUUGAAAUUGAUUACCAAUCAUUACCCAAGUUGGUAAUGAAUACAAUGCAAGAGCAUUUAACUGAUGAAAUAAUUCAAGCUUCUGGCAUGAAACUUAUGAAAUUAUUUGUAAAUAAAUCAAUACUUGUGAAUGUGGAUCAAAAGGAAGUGGCUGAACUGUCUCUGGUUUUACUAGCUGGCUUCAAGGAAUCUGUAGAUGUCCAAACUGCUGCUCUUCAAACUUUGAAUCAAUUAUUUCAAUCAGAAGUUCUUCCUUUAGAUUUUUUUGUGUCAAAUCUACACAUAUUUGAUGCGUUGUGUUUCCAAAACCUUUUAAAGCAAGACAUUUUUGAAGCUGUUCUUCCCAUCUAUAGCAUCAUAUCCUGCAGUUCAGAGUACCUGUGUCACACCUUGAUUGAAAAUAAUAUUCAUGAGCAUCUGUGUACUAUUCUCUGCAAGUAUUUAAAAAAUGAAUCUCUGUUGGAGAUGAUCAUGAAAAUGCUGGUCAACUUGGAGAAUAAAUCUGUUUUUUGCUACUUGGCUGACACUGGUUUUAUAGCCAGAGACCUUUCUAAAAUCUUAAGAGAUUAUUCUGAAAACAUUUGUAUUACUAUUGAAGGGUUGAAGUUGCUUAAAAUAGCAGUGAGCUUUCAUUGUGUUGACCAAAUUGAAAAAUGGAUUUUCCCUAUUUAUAAUUCACUUUUCAAACAUAUGGUAUCAUCAAAAGUUCAGAUCAUAGGUUAUAAAACUGUUGUUGAAAUAUUGAAGAAUUACCCAGAGUUUAUUGAUAGCGUUGGGGAAGAUUCCACAAAGAAUCAGUAUCCAGUUCAUACAUUAUGUCUGGGAACAAUCCUGCAACAAAAUGAAGACAGCAACAUUUAUGUCACAGCUUGUGAAGCUAUUUAUUGGUUAGCAGCUGGAAAUUAUCAAGUUUCAGAUCUUUUUAUGCUAAAGAACACCUAUCAGCAAAUCUUAGAGAUAAUGCAGAAUCACCAAAGCAAUGCUGCUGUGGUGCUCUCAGGCUGCAGAGCUCUGCGAGCACUUUGUUUGUUCAGACCUUAUAACGAAAGGUUGCAGAUUACCCAGUAUAUAUGUAUUAAAGAAUUGUUUGAAAACCUGUUUACAUCAUUCAUCGACAAUCCUGCCAUUUUGAUGGAAGCAAUGUGUGUACUGGCAAAUCUUUUAGAAUGCAACAUCAAAGUUCUGUCCACAGAAAAUUACUGUAGUUUUUACAAUAUCAUAAGUGCAAUGAAACAGUUUUCUGACUAUGUUUUAAUCCAAGAAUCAGCACUGGAGGUUUUGACUGUAGCCUCUAAGUCUGAUGGGGUCCUUUUACAAUUGCAACAAGAAGGAAUUGUGAAAUUAUUUAUUGAUAUUAUGGCAAGGUUUACUGAGAACCUGUGUAUUCAACGGAAAGCUCUCUAUCUUCUGCAGUUGGUUUUGUCAAAAGACCUAAGUUCACAACUUUAUGUGAAAAUGGCAAAAGUCAUCAUUAAUCUCAUGUAUACUUAUCCAUUGGUAUCCAGUAUUCAAAUAGAGUGUUGUAUUUUAAUUCUACUGCAUCAAAAUCUAGAAGCUUAUCCAGACAAACAUAUAUUUAUUAAUCAAAAGUGUCAAACCCCUAUCUUUUCCAAUGCUCUCCAUUCAAGUCCCAACUCAGAACUAUUUGAUUCAGCAUGUAGGUGUUUAAAAAGUCUGUGCAAUGGAAUUAACAAGUCUGUUAUGCUUAUAUAUGCAUGUGCUGAAGGUAGAUACAUUGAAGCUGAAUGCCUUUUAAGCCUUGGUGCUGAUGUCAACUUCAAACAUAAAGCAUAUACACCCUUACUGCAUGCCUGUGGAAAUGGAGAUGAACAUAUUGUUCGUUUAAUUUUAGAGAAGCCUGUAUCUGAUAUCUUAACACCCCUUAAAGUAGCCAUUGAAAAUAAAUAUCAUACAAUUGUUGGAAUACUAUUGUUGUAUAUUGGACAAAAAGAACAAGAUGGAGCAAUAUUGUGGAAUGGUCUUGGACUAGGAAGUUUCAAUUUUGAUUGGUUGAUCCCCACAUUUGUAGGUGACCAUUACAUAAAACAUCCUUCAGCAGGAAAGGGUAAAAGGCUUGCUAGAAAAAUCCAAUCCAUUCACAAAUCUGGGAAGAACCCAUCAUAUAGCACCUAUAACAGAUAUUUUUCUCACGAUUCUGGUAGCAGUUAUUCUUCAUCAUCAUCUGAUGAAUCCAAUGGAUCUGAUAUUCAUUUCAUAGAAUGGAAGAGAACAACAUUAUCUGGGUCAAUGAGUCCUUUUCACAUCAAUGACCCAAGAGUUGAUACAGUUGGUUAUUGUAGAGGCAAAAGCAGUUUAUAUCUCAGCCAAUUAUCUCAUGAACCAUGGCUUCGUAAAAGUUGUUUUUUAACAGAUACUUCUCAACCAGAAAUAGGUUGUUUAGCUCCAGAAGAUGCUGCUAUUUACUGUGAUAUCCAAUUGAAAUCAAAGGAUAAGAAUUUAACUUUUUCAAUAUUGGAAGGAAAGAAAUUUAAAUUCUACAAUAUUUCUCCAGCUAAAGAGAGGGAAUUUCACUCUGAUGAAGAAUGUUCAAAUUCAGAUGAUUUUCAAAAAACAUUUUAUCGAAGAAAAUCUCCAAGUUUAAUAGUCAAAAGUAAGAAAAUUGUAACGAAUAGCCAUGUUGCUCAAAAGCAUUUUACACUAAAUCUUGCGGACAACAAUAUUUCGGACUUUAUCUCUGCAACAUUAAGAAAUGCUGUUCAUCAAAAAUGUUUGCAGUUUCUUCAGAAACUUAACAUUUCUAACAAUCAGCUUGACACAAUUUCAGAAGAUUUCUUUAAUUUUCUGCCUGAACUGAAGGAAUUGGACAUGUCCAAUAAUAAUCUUCAAAAAUUCCCGACUGCUGUUUUAAAUUGUUCCCAUUUGGAAACUCUAAAGAUCAAACACAAUAAGAUUGAAGACUUUGAAGUCAUUUCUUGUGCAGCUUCUCCUGUUUUAUUUAGUUUAAAGAAAUUAAACUUAUCAGGAAAUACUCUAAAGCAGUUUCCAUCUUGGCUUACAGAACAUUUUCCUGGAUUGGAAUAUUUGUACCUCAAAAACAUGAAGAUGACUGUGAUUGAGAACAAACCACUUCAAUUAAGAAGGCUUUUAAAACUGAAUCUAUCAGGCAAUCAAAUCACCACUGUACCUGAACUGUUUUUUAUUGGUUGCAAUAAACUGACCAUCUUUAAAAUGAAUGAAAAUAAUCUAGAAAAGUUACCAAGUGAAAAGAUUUUGAAUGAAUUACCAAUGCUUCAUAGUCUUCAUCUUAAUCACAACAAUCUUGGUACCAAAGAACCAUGGUACCUUCCUAAGUUUAUCCUGAAGUUACGCAGUCUGGUCUGUCUAGAUUUAAGGUUCAACAGUCUCACCAAUAUUUGUCCACCAGCUAUGUGGGCUUGUGAAGAACUGAAAAAAUUGUAUAUUUCUGAUAACCUUAUAUAUGAUUUAGAUUUAUCAAAAGGUGCAAAGAAUUGGAGUAACUUGGAAGUUUUGGACAUUUCUCACAAUUUCUUAUCCAAUCUUCCAAGACAAAUUGGUUACUUGGAGUCACUGAGGUCUUUGAACUUUAGCUACAAUAAAGGAAUUACUUGCCUUCCAGAUGAACUCGGAGCUUGUGACAAAAUAUGGGAGAUGCCACUGGAUGGCCUAGAGAUCUCCCUCAGUAAUACACUUAUGAAAGGAAGAGUGAGGGACAUCAUUCUGGAUCUCAGUUACAGAUUAAAAAAUUGCCAGCGACAAUAUUCCAUGAAGAUGAUGGUGAUGGGUUACGGUGGCCAUGGAAAAACAACACUGAUCCGAAGUCUAAUGAAAGAAAAGAAACAAGCAACUGACACAGCAACUGUUGGUAUUGUUGUUAAAAGCUGGAUAUACAAACAUUACCGGCACAAGAAAACUGUUAACUAUUGCAUUACAACAUGGGAUUUUGCUGGCCAAGAAGAUUUUUACAGUACACACCAGUGUUUCAUCUCUCGUCAAGCCAUUUAUUUGGUUGUAUUCGAUCUUCGACAUAAACAAACAGAUAUCUUGAAAUGUUGGCUUGCCAAUAUACAGGCACAAGCUCCAGGAUGCCCUGUUCUUGUUGUUGGCACUCAUUAUGAUUUAAUUCCUCACGAUGAUGAAUCUAUUCAAGAAAUAAAAAAUAAAAUAUUCCAAUUCCAAAAAAUGCCACACUUUCCUAAAAUUUAUGAUGUCAUUAUGGUGGACACUCGGACAGAAAACAAAACCAUGGAACACCUCAGAAAUACCAUUAAAUUUGUCAUUGAUUCAUAUAAAGUGCAUGGAGAACCUGUGAUGGGGCAAAAAGUUCCUGCUAAUUAUUUGAAACUAGGUGAGGUGGUUACAAAUACAGCUGCUACUCUGAAAAAUGGUUAUCCAGUUCUAAAUUACCAAGAAAUGAUGACAUUACUGAAAAUGUAUCAGCUCAAUAUGAGUCAAGAAGAAUUUAAUCAGGCUGUCCAUUUUCUUGACAAUACAGGUGUGCUACGACAUUUUGAUGAAGCUGGUCACCAACUAAAAGACCUCUUCUUCAUUGAUCCAGCUUGGUUAUGUAGGAUGUUGGCACAAAUUGUCACAGUCAAGCAGAUCAAUCCUUAUGUGACCGAACAAGGAACCAUACACAAGAAACACUUAAAGAUGCUUUUUACUGGAAAAAUCAUUGAUUCAGAAUCAAAUUAUGUCUUCCCUCCAAGCCAUAUUCCACAGUAUAUAAAAUUACUGGAAAAGUUUGAAAUUGCUUUACCAAAGAACCAAGAUGAGCUCCUGAUACCUUGCCGGUUGCCAACUAUACCUCCUCAAGUGAAAAUUCCCCAAACUAAUUUUAUCUCCCGCAUUUACCGCAUGCCUCUUGCCCCAACUGGAAUAUGGAUGAGACUGCUGGCAAGGCUGAUUGCAUUCUUUCAAAAACCGACUUUAUUUUCUGCAACUGUUCCAAAAGAGAUCGAGUAUUACUGUAGAGGACUGUAUGUGUAUUGGUCAGAUAACAUGUAUUUCCAUCUUGAAAUGUAUCAAGCUGAAAAUGAUGAGAUUCACAUUAAAGUACCAGCAAAUCAUGGAUCGAGAUUAAUGGGAGAAAUAGCUGAUCAUAUUGAUUCUCUGAUUGAAGAAUGGUAUCCAGGAUUACUAGCAACUGACAUAUUUGGAAAUAAAACUGUACAAAUACUUGCUCCAUGCCCACAUUGUCCUGAAGAAAACAAACAUCUUUUUGACUUGGAAUAUUUAGUAGAACAAUCAGAUAAGACAAGUUUUUUGAAAUGCCCCAAUCAUGAUGGUAUCGUUUUACUGUCAUUAGUGGCACCUGAUAUUACUCUCAAUGAUCUGGAUAAAGAAUUUCACCUACAGCAAGAACAAUUUCAACUGCAAAAAAUCUCCAAAAAUUUGCUUGGUAAAGGAGAAUAUGGUGUUGUCUAUCAAGCUACUUAUCGAAAUAGUCCUGUUGCUGUGAAACUGUUUCUCAACAAUGCCAUUAACCACCCUCAUAAAAUACUGAGAAAAGAGACAACCAUACUACGCAGACUAAAACAUCCCAGUGUUGUAUGUUUGCUUGCUGUUGGCCUCAAGCCACGUAUGAUGGUCAUGGAACUUGCAACUUAUGGCUCUUUGGGACAUGCAUUGGCAUCAAGAAAAAUCGUCAGUGUCACACUCGCCCAUAGAAUAGCUUUGCAGAUUGCUGAGGGCCUCAUGUAUUUGCAUGGUCUUCAAAUAAUAUACCGAGACCUCAAACCAGCCAAUGUACUUGUAUUCAGUCUAUCAACGACAUGUCUGAUUAAUGUCAAAAUCUCUGAUUAUGGUAUUUCCCAGUUGAAUACAUUCUAUGGUCUUAUAGCAAAUGAAGGCACACCUGGUUAUCAAGCACCAGAAGUAAUCAAAAAGGAAAACUAUUCCUUCCAAGCUGACAUAUUUUCAUAUGGUGUUUUGUUAUACUCCCUCCUGUCUGGUGGAAAACAUCCAUAUGGCCACCUCCUUCAUCCUUCUGAAAUGGAACAAGCAAUUCUCAAUGGUGAGCGCAUAUCACUGAUAUUAUGCAAUAAAUUUGGAAGCUGGCCUGAUAUGCUUGAUCUUUUGAGUCAAUGUCUCAUGUAUGUUCCAAAUGACAGACCAACUUCUAAAGAGUUAUGCACAUGCUUGAGAAACCCAGAAAUGUUGUGUUUGAAAGAUAUAAAACCUGUGUCAAAGUCCUUUCCACCAGCUUGCAUGACUUUUCAAAAAAAUAACACAGAGGAAAAUGAGCUGUGGCUGACCUGUGAUUCAGAAACAAAAAUGGAGCUCUCUUGGCUUGAACUUAACAAUACAGCAGUGAACCUCCAGGGUUUUAUUGUUAACAUACAGACACCUCUCUGUCUGCAUACAGCUAAACAUGUGAUAUUGUUGGGAUGUAUCAAUGGAAGUAUAGCAGUAUUUGAUGCAGAGAAGAAAAUCCUCUUACAUAGCAGUGUGCAAUUACUCGACUCAGUUCUCUGUAUCUGCAGCUACAGGCGGUUUGACUUUACUGAAUUUAUCUUGGCUGGAACUGCAAAUGGCUAUGUUGCUGUUUUUAAGCUAGAUUCUCUGAUUGAGAAAGGUAACAAUUCUCCAAUAUAUCUUCAUUCUUUUGGAUUGAAUGAACCUGUGCUGUGUAUUCAACAACAUGGUGAUUCAAUUUAUGCAAGCUGUGGGAUAUUUGUCUACAAAUUGCAUUUCUCAUCUUCAGAGUUUGAUUCAGAAAUCUACGAUAGAGAUGACUGCUUCUGUUUCACUGCAAGGAAAAUGAAGAGAAAAUAUGAUGGCUCUUGCUUGUCCAUCAUUGAUGAGAAUACUCAAAUGAUAAAUAAAAUGAUGUUUCAUGACAAAAUGAUGUACAUAACUCACCGAAGUAGCAGUACAGUAGAAAUGUGGGAUAUAUCUAAAGAAUGUCUAAGAAAUUGUGUAAACAUCAUUCACUUCCUUGACACUGAAACAAAUAUGUCCAGAAUAACAGCAACUUGUUUUCAUGCAGCAACUAAAAUACUUUGGAUUGGUACUGGAGGAGGUCAUCUUGUUUUGCUGGACUGCUACAGUCUUCAACCACUAAUGACAUUACACCGACACAUUGGUCCAAUUCGAUCUCUCCUCUCAUUAUCAGACAAAGGUAAUUCAUCAGGUACUGGCUCAUCUUCCCAAAUCAUUUGUGGAAGUUAUGGAUUUCGUCCUCAACUUGGCUUAAAUAGAAAAGCAGAUCUGUUUGGUUGCAUCAGUUUUUGGGAUGCUGAUUUUCCAAAUCAGCUCCCAAAUUAUGUGGAAAACUUGAAGAAAAGGGCAGAACUUGUAGAGCAAAUGGCACAACAACAGUCUCAUAUGAAUUUCUGAAAAUGUAAAUUAAUCUUUUAACUGGAAAGAAAUCAGAAUCUCUUCGUGCAAAUUGACAGAACCGGAAUCACUACAGCAGCAGAUGAACUAAAUACUAUUUGUCUACUGAAGUUGAUGCUAUCAACUAUACCAUCCCUCCAGAUGUGUAACCUUGUAGGUAUAGCAGAAAUCAUUAUUAAAGGAAAGAGAGCUGGAUGUCAGAAAUGAAAAGAGCAAAUAAUCGUGAAAUCCUUCUAUUUAUAUUUAUAUAACUUAUAUUAAUAUGCUUUUUAUAUUGUAAUAUAUACAGCAUGUAUAUAUGUAUAUAUCUAUCUAUCUAUUUAUAUACAUACAUUGGCGUUAGGAAGGGCAUCCAGCUGUAGAAACUCUGCCAAAUCAGACUGGAGCCUGGUGUUGCCAUCCGGUUUCACCAGUCCUCAGUCAAAUCGUCCAACCCAUGCUAGCAUGGAAAGCGGACGUUAAACGAUGAUGAUGAUGAUGAUGAUAUAUAUAUAUAUAUAUAUAUAUAUAUAUAUAUAUAUAUAUAUAUCAGGGACGUGCUGCUUGGGUAGGCAAGGUAGGCAGUGCUUACUCUGAAUAAAAUACAUCGAUAGUAACAUUUUCCUAUUAUGGCAAAAUAUGCACCUAAUUCAAAAAAAUUAUGAAGAUUACUCUGAUUACUAUGCAUAAAAUGCAAAAUAUCUUAUUUUUUUGUAGAUUAGGCAGGCAUAAUUCACCCCUGCCUUUCAAUUUCAGUAUUAAAACUAUGUAUAGUACUGCUGUACUACACGUGCUGUGUACAUUCCUACAACAACGUUUUCUUUACACACUAUAAAGGCAAAAAGGCCUGUGUUUUGCUUAUGUUUUUGUGUGUUUUACUACAUAAACGUCACCAACUGCUUACCCUGAGUUAUUACUGACGGCACGUGCCUGAUAUAUACAUACACACACACACACACACACACACACACACACAUACAUGUAUAUAUAGCCCAGUGACAAGGCUUUUGCACUCGCAAUCAUAAGAUUACAGUUUCAAUCCUAGACCAGCAGCACAUUGUAUUCUUGAACCAAAAACUGCAUUUCACAUUGCUUCAGUCUGCUCAGUCGUAAAAAUGGGUAAACCUGCAACAGACUGGAGUCCCAUUUAGUGGGAAUGUUGGCCUGCCUAUCUAGCCAACAGACAGGCAUCAUUUGAAAACUAUAACAAUGCAAGGAAGGGCAUUGUGACCAGCAAUGUGUAACCACAUCUGACAAUCUGGUCUUUCUACAUAUAAUUAUAUAUAUAUAUAUAUAUAUAUAUAUAUAUAUAUAUAUAUAUAUAUAUAUAUAUAAUUAUUAAAUAUAUAGGGAUCAGCAUGAGAUUGCUUCACCAACAUACUGAAAAUUUAGAAAUAGCAGUCAAAGAACUACUAAUUCUAAACUACAAUUUUUUCUCUAACGGAUGAUGAAGCAAUCUCAUGCUGAUCCCUAUAUAUUUAUAAUUAUAAAUGUUUUUACCGAUAAAGGUUUUUUUGCAUACUGAACUACUUGGCAAAAUUGUUAAUUAUUAAUUUUAUUAACUAAUUAGCAAUUCCCUGCCCUAUAUCUGUAUUUACAUAUAUAUAUAUAUAUGUAUGCAUUAGUAUCCGAACAAUCAGGAGUGUUUUUCUCACUCCUGUGAAACUUUUGGCAGGAUAUCACUUGAAACAUUUCUGGUUGAACAACUUUUAUCAAAAUAUGUUCAUGAAACCAGUAGUCUCAGCAUUUUGACUUACAUUCUAUUAAUAUAUGUACAUGUUUGUAAGUACACAACAAUAUUCUAUUUUUUGUCAAUAAUUUAUAAUAAACUAUAAAAGGCUUUUGUAAAUGUGAUGUUUUAUAAAUAAUAGAAAACUA